AUGUUUCAAGAUGAAAGAAUAUCAAGGACAUUUCCAACUAUUCCACCACUUCAACUUCAACUGGAUCAGGUAAAUAUAAUAUUCAAAUGAAUUUCAUCUCGUUUUUCAAGUCCAAUUCAAGUAGUAAACUCGAAAAGCACUCAUUCACUCACUCACUCAUUAAAUAAAAAAAUGUUGCGAUAUAUAUCAUUUUUUGAAUAUAUUAGUCGCUAUUUCUAAACGGUCACGAUGAUGAUGAUAGAUUCUAUAUAAUUCUCAAAGUUUAUUUUUUCUCGAAACUUUUUUACGUCAGACAAAUCAUUUGUAUUCACAUUUUUUGUUAUCUUGAAAUUUAAAGUGAUGUGGGUUUCAUAUUUUAUGAAAUGUCAGUUUUGCAAAGACCUAGGUGUGUAUAAUUUUAAGCAUCAUCGCGGUCGAUUAGAUUACGGGUUUGAUCCCUGGUGUCUACUCUCGGCAAUCUACCUAAUAGUAGUCCCUACGCAAGCUAAACACCUUUAACAACUCUUGUCACCCUACUUUCAAGCAUCAUCAUUUUCAUCUCACUGUCUAUGAUAUUUCCACAUUUUUUCCAAAACGAAAAUCAUAAUUUUUGUGGGUGGUAACAACUAAUUUUCAUUUCCGUCUCAAAUUUUUGGAAUGAUCAAUUUUUUUUGUUCUUUUUCAUUUUUUUUCUAGCUUUUUGAAUAUUUAGAAAUCUCGCAAAAAAAAAAGAUAUCGUAGAGUGAGCAAGAAAAAACUAAUUAGAAAUAACAAAAAAAAACAUAGAAUCAAAAAGGUCAAAAAUAGGCAUUGAUUUGUUUGGUGCUAUCAAAUGAUUAAUUGUGGAGAACACAUGAGUUAGUUAUGAUAAAUAUUUUUGUAACAGUUUGUAACUAUAUAGUUUAUAUGCCUACUCGUGUUAGGAGGUUCGUGAUUAUGUCUAGAAAUUAAAAAAUAAUUGAAACUGGCUGAUGUGAGAACAUCAUUCAUCAAAACUUGAAUAUAAGUUGAGUUUACAGCAUUUUUCUAACAUGCCAAUUUCAUAAGUUCGAUCUUUAGGAAAACUAGUAAUUAAAUUCUGAUAUAAUUUUUUCAGUAAAAUUUUGAAAUUUGAAACAACCGCUUUUAUACCUAACAAAAAAUAUAUGUUUUGAUUUUUGCUACUUUUCAAUUUUUUCCUAGAAUAAUUCAACAAAAUUGCAAGAUGAAAGAAGUAAGAUUUUUGAGAAAUCAUCACUAUCAGUAGUGAACCUUUUAUGGAUAACAUAUCCUGAAAAAUCAAUAACAUUUUCUAUACAGAAAGAUGUUCAUCAAAACAAGGUAGCCAAAAAAAUAAUAAGACUAAAUUGAAUAUGUAAGCCGAUUUAUAGAGCUCCAAAAAUGAACAUCGACCAACGAAUUUUUUUGGAAAAUCAAAUUUUUUUCAAUUCGAAAUAUUCUUGAUUUGCAAAUCAAUGAUUUGACGCUAUUUUGAACAUUGGAAAAUGAUUUACAUUUUUUUGGUGUUUGGUUUUUUGGAAAGCUAUCAGGGUGGCCUUUAUGAGGUCAACAUUUACUGAAAAUUUCGUUUUCUUGAUGUUGAGAAUAAUAACAUUUUCUAGCUAAUGAUUUUCUACUUUGAGAUAUUUACAAGUUCAGCUAUGUCUUUUUUUUUCACUUUCACAUUCACAAAUAUUUCUUUCGCUGAAAUAAUCGUACGAUGAUUCGGGAAAAAGUUUCCACUAUCAGGAAGGACUGAAAAAAAUGUAAUGUUAACGAAAAUUGAUGGAUUAGACCUACUUCAAAAAGAAGAAAAGUUUUCCCUUUCAAAAUUUCCAGUUUCAAAUAUGAAAUCUUAUCAAUAAAAAAAAGUAAAACGAAUGCUGGAGACCAGAAAAAAUGAGGAAUCGAGAAAAAUCAUUCCGGAAAAACAUUAAACAAAAAAUGUGAAAAAUAAAAAUAUCAGAAAUGAAAACGGUUUUGAUAUUUUGAGACAGACAAAAAUAUGAGAACAUCUGUGCAAGUUUUUCAUUUGCUGCCUAUUUCUCUAUGUCUCUAUAGUUUAAACUGUUUUCUCCUUCUUGAUUUUUUUGCGCCGUCUUUGGCGAAAAAAAACAAUAGGACAAUGUUCGAAUCGUGCCUUCUUCAUCAUCAUCUUCAUCAUCUAAUACACAAAAACAUCGGAAAAUUUUCAGCGAUUUCAGCGAGGGAACAAUUUAUGGAUAGUCUAAAAAGUGUUUCCCAUGGAGAUAUACUAAUCUUUUUUAACUACAAUAAUAUGUAGUUUCGAGAUUCUUGAAAAACAUUAUUUUUCUUGUUGAAACACACACAUUCAGCGUGUUUUCCCGCAUUUUCUUAUUCACAUUCAGAAUUUGCUGGUUGCUAAGAUGAGACAUCUCUUCCGGUUGUCUAAAUCCAAUUUCAUUUAUUUUUAUUUCAUCUUUUUUCCAGUUAACAACUGGAAAUAUAAAUGUCUGCACCAAUUUUUUUUUCAGUUGAUUUUUAGUUACUCACAAUCACGUCAUGAAAUUUAUUUAUAUUUUCCUUUUCAAGAUUCAGGAAACAUUUUUUAUUCAUUUUUUCUCUUCCUCAUUUUAACUUAUUCACAGAUUUUGUGGUUUUCUAUUUUUGUUUGAACAUUCAAACAUAGGUGUUCACUUUUUUUGAUGAAUGGUGAAUCGGCUUUUAAUCAUAGUGCACUUUUUUUCUUAUUCAACAUUUAGCGGCUUGUUUAAUUAUAUGUUACCUGGAUUUUUGUUAUAAAGAUCCGCCCACUUUUUUCGGAGAAUUGGGAAUUUCAUUUUGCUCACAUUCGGCUCCGAAAUUCUGAAAUUUUGUAUUUUCUCCGAUUGAGAGAAAAAACUUCACAAUAUUAGUAUACUUUUAUUUUUUUUAAGAUUUUUGAACAUUUUUUCCUGCUAAAGAUGUAUGAAGUUGAUAAAUAUCGAGUUCAAUAACAACUUGAAUAAUUUCUCAACUUUAGAGAUCACAUUCUGAAAUGAAUUUCGAUAUACGAUCCCCUAAAAAGUAAUGUUUCUCUCUGUUAUCUUGCUAGUUCAUAGAACAUUUCUGGCUCGUUUAUAAAGAGAUAAUCACUACAAAGUUGCCAAAAAACAAAUUUGUUUUUCUGGACCUAAACUGCUAACAUUUUCAAUAAUCCCAAAUGACGGAGUAGAAGCCUGCGCCUGAAAAGUCUAUUAGUAAAAAAAAAUCAAAAUUCCACAGUGCUUUGUCAUGGAUGAUACCAGAGUUCGAAGUCUCCAUUGGGUUGAUUGUUUUUUUGCAGCACAAAACUGGGGAUCCCUUUUCCAAUUAUUAUUAUGAGAUUCUGAAAAUCAUUUUUUAUGGGUGUUCUAGACCUAGACACUUGAGCACAAAAAUAAUGCUUCGAUAAUUUUUGUCACGCAGUUCUCAGACAUCUGAUUUCACAUACCAGAAAACCAACAAAAAAGUUGUUAUUCAAAAAGGGUUUGUAUUUUUUCUCAUACAUUCUAUAAUUUCCGAAAGUUCAAAUUCGUCAUUCACCGAUUUCAUCUCGCUCUUCUUUCUUUCAUUCCUCUCCAUAUAUCCAUAUUUCAUUUCAGAAUUGUAUGAGUGUCUCAAAUACAUCAGCCCACCAAUUAUUCGCACCACGUCCUUUGAGACGUUGCCGUAGUGCAUCGCCAGUUCCGCCACUUCGUCCACCAAUAAUGUCGACUGAACGACAAAAUUUAUUGAAGUACGUUUUUUAUGUUGUUUAUUUAUUGGAUUUUCCCGUUUUUUUUUCAGAAAAUCAUGGAGCCGUAUUCCUCGUCAACAAUUCGGAAAGUCCGUGCUUCAAGCGUUUAUUCAAUCAUCGGGAAUUGAUAGAAGUCUUUUCGUAGAUACAGAUACCGAACAAAGACAUAUCAAACAUUUUAUUGAUUUGGUUCAUUCUUGCAUUGAGAAUUUGUCUGAUCUCGAAACCGCUUUGAAACCAUGGUUGGAUACGAUUGGAAGAGGACAUGUUGGAUUCAAGAUUACGUACGUAAGGAGGAACAAAUCGGAAGUAGUGGAUCAAAAAUUACAUACAUAUAUGGUGUAAAAAUAUUACAAAACCUUGAUAAGUAAAAAACUUUAAAAAAAAUAGAAUAUUUUCCGGAAAUCGACUUCUUUUCUAACAACAUUCUAUCAUGGAUCAAGAGACAAAAUAACAAUUUUUUCAUAAAUUCAAAAAAAAAGGGGGAAAAUCGCCAAAGAUGAUUGAUGACUUGGCAAACUUUAUACUUAUCAGGAACCGACCUUCUCAAAAAAACUGUUCUUGAUAAUUUUUGGAACCGGGUUUAAUUUUGUGGAUGGUUGGAAACGAUAGGGUUUGGUAUUUAGGAAGAAAGUUUUUUGGAAAAUAGUUGGGGAAUCGAGAUUGACUUUUUUUCGAGAGAAAAACAAGUUAUUUUCUGCACUAGAAGGUUCGAUCUCCAUGUUGACUGCAACUUUGAAAAAAAAAUCAAUUUCAACAGAGGGUGACGGCAACUAACUUCAUAGAUUUAUUGCUCAAAAUAUUAAUCUAGAACAUAGAAUGUAAUGUACAGUUUCUCAAAAUUUUCAAAUCUCUUUGGGGGUAGAUCAAUAAUAUUUUUCAAUUACAUUUUGUGUUGAACACAACAAAUAACAAUUUCUAUCCUUCUGUAGUUCUAACAAUAAUCCAUCGUUUCCUAUAAUUCAAAAUUACCAAGAAUUGUUUUCCCGACUUUUCAGUUCUUUUUUUCCAAAAUUGAUAAUUCUAAUUGAUCCAAUUUUCCCAUAAUAUUUCAAUUUCCAGCGCAAAACAUUGGGAAAAGUUUGGUGAGAGCGUUUUGUCAACAAUGUCUGAAUGGAUUGGACCUGGAAGAAACCACAAGGAAACUAUCAAAGCUUGGAUGGUACAAGAACAUUUUUCAUACAUACAGACAAAAAACCUCCAUUUUCAGGUGCUCUCAUCAUUUCUUGCUGAUCGCUUAAGUGCAGCGUCUCGAAUUGCUGCUCAUUCACCAAUGCUCACUCCACGUGUUCAGCUCUUGACGUAUGUUAACCAAAAAAUUCACAUUUCAAAAUUAUACAUAUCUUUCAGUGGUAAAUCACAAUUUGAAUGGAAUUGA